AUGAAGAAUAACACUAUAUACAAUGUGUUUGUAACCUCCUCAGGACAAACUGCAAUUGUCCAAAGAGAUAAUUGCUCCUUGUCAUCAUUUGAUGAGUAUCGACAUCGUUAUAGCUCCUUCGUCCCUCUUUUCGCCUGCCCAAUGAAGUGCGCCAUUUUGUUUGGGGCCCUUCUGUGUGUCAUCGGGUGGGGAAAUCCGUCGAUUGCCGAUACGAUUGACGAUACGAUUGGCGAUACGAUUGGCGAUACGAUUGACGAUACGAUUGACGAAGUGGUUGGCGAUGUCCCUGAGGACACGACUGGUGAGGCUCCAGGGGGGGAGCCCAUCCUCCCGGGAGUGGACACUGAGGCGCUCGUGAACUUGGCGAACCCGAACGAUCUGUACGAUCUUCUGGUAGGGAAGGAAAAGGGAAGAGCUGAAGAUGCAGAUCUCGUGGAUGAGAGCCCAAAGUUGAAGGGGAGGUGGAGAAAUGCUCCGAAGGGGGGGAGUCAACUUGGCCAAGUGGACAAAGACACCUUCCUAACGUUGUACGAAUCUGCACUCAGCCACUUCGAUGUGGAUGGCUAUGGCGUCUUCAUGCAAGAGGUAAUUUCUCAGGGGAGGCGGAAGGACGAACAGAUGGAAGGGAAGAGGUGGAGAAAAGGAACUCGGGAAUCCCGCCCCCAUUGUGACAGGGGGGUUAGAAGCGCAGUAAUUAACCGUGUGGGGAGUGACGGGAGAAGGAUACCCCGUGGUGUGACAAGGAGAGAAAAAAAAACAGAAACAGGACAAGCCACCACGAAUAAUGUUGAAUACCCCGGAGGAGCGAUUCGAUCUGCUUACGGAAACAACUUAAGCAAAUGGAUGAAGGAUUCUUUGGAAGAUAUAGAAUCCCCUGCAUCUAUAAAAGAACCUGGAUUAGCUAAUAUGUUAAUACAGAGUCUAACCAUGGUAAAGGGUUUAAUCCAAUCAGUAGCUAGCUCAGUAGUAGAUAUAGUACCUCCCUUAAUACCACCCCCUGUCUGGAUUAAUAGACCUCUUCCUUGUCUACCGAUGGUAACAGGAAAAAAUUGCUUAGGUUCUAUCCUCUAUCCAAUAACUUCUGCAGAAUUUGUAAUAGCUGACAUCACGGAUUCUAUAAUGAAUGGAAUCAUCUCUAGUUUUCCUUCUAAGUAUGCUUCGAAGGUCGGAAAAACAUCAGAUGCACAAUAUAGACUCUGUGCCAUGGCUUACCUUGGAAUGUACUGUGCAUCUAUCUUCCCUAUUUGUUGGAUGCCUAUUGGAUUGAAAGUAGCGGAAACCAUGUCUGUCUGUUUACCUCAAUGCUUAGCCACCCUUAUCGCUUGUCCUGGUUUUUGGAUUGAUGAUAUUGAAGGACCUUGUAGUAAUGCAUCUGUACCUCCCUUCUGUUCAUUCUCUGUUUUCGUUAACCAGAAAAUCGUUCCUCCACAGUUGACUUCAUAUGAUGAUUCACAUAGUUACCCAGACACUUGUCCGGAACACGAUUAUGAAUAUGACACACCGGAAGAAUUGUAUGAACAUGAGGAUGUACAGACGGAGAGUGUUUAUACAAAGAAGAGGGAUUCGUAUUCAAAUGCAACUCUCCCUGUGUACCCAGACUUGGUUACCAAGCUUUAUCCUAAUGGCCCCACUGCAGAAGAACUGGAUUCCUGCAAAUGUGUACAGAUGAGUUCUCUGUGUAAGAGAUACUUUGCCAUACCUGUUCUGAGGAAAAGGCAUCCCGUUUUUUACCCUUCGCAUGAAGAACCGGUGAAGCUGUCUCCCCACCAGAGAAGGUGUUGCAGGGUGUGCAAACCAAUUUGGCGGGUCCUCUUUCCAAGUCACUAG